AUUUUGGUAUAUUGCAUUGAUAAUGGCAUUUUAGCAUUGAUAUUUUAAUGGAAUUAGAUAUGAGCUGUUCAAAAUACCCUACUCUUGUUCCUCUGUUAUCCAUCUUUGCUUCUUUCAGUGUAGGAAAAUGGGACAGCUUUUCUGUUGCUUACAGGUUGAACAAUCAAAUGUGGCCAUCAGAGAAACUUUCAGGAGGUUUGAUGAUGUUCUUGAGCCAGGAUUUCACUGUCUUCCCUGGUUUUUAGGGAAAAGAGUUGCAGGUUAUCUUUCACUCCGAGUGAAACAACUCGAUGUUCGUUGUGAAACAAAGACAAAGGAUAAUGUAUUUGUUACUGUUGUUGCAUCGAUACAAUAUCGUGCAAUAGCUGAAAGAGCAUCUGAUGCUUUCUAUAAGCUCAGCGACACAAGAGGGCAAAUCCAGUCAUAUGUUUUUGAUGUGAUAAGGUCCAGUGUUCCUAAGCUGGAUUUAGAUGAUAUUUUUGAGCAAAAGAAUGAUAUUGCAGAGACUGUGAAAGAGGAGCUGGAAAAGGCCAUGGCAGCAUAUGGCUAUGAAAUUGUCCAGACACUUAUCGUGGAUAUCGCGCCGGAUGAGCGUGUUAAGAGAGCAAUGAAUGAGAUAAAUGCGGCGGCGAGACUCCGAGUGGCGGCUACUGAGAAAGCCGAAGCUGACAAGAUACUGCAGAUCAAGCGAGCGGAAGGAGACGCGGAAUCUAAGUAUUUAGCAGGUCUGGGUAUUGCACGGCAGCGUCAGGCCAUUGUCGACGGACUCAGGGACAGUGUGCUUGCUUUCUCGCAUAAUGUACCAGGAACAACUUCAAAGGAUAUCAUGGACAUGGUUCUGGUUACUCAGUAUUUUGACACCAUGAAGGAAAUUGGAGCCACUUCAAAGGCAUCUUCAGUUUUCAUUCCCCAUGGUCCUGGUGCUGUGAAGGACAUUGUUUCACAGAUAAGUGAUGGUCUUCUCCAGGCCAACACUAUCAUCCCUACUGAUUGAAACUGCUACUCAAAUUUAAUUUUUCCCAUUUUUGAAUGGUUUGAUUGUAUGACCUGAAUAUCUUGUUUUUUUCUUAAGGUACAUCAAAAUGAGACAUUCAAAUUGAGUAUCAA